AUGACUUGGAUUUUCCUUUUCUUUAAACGAAAAAGGCAAAAUGGAUAACUACGUCCCAGACUAAUCUGAACAGCUCAAAACACAUAUAUCCUCUCCAUUCCCCCUUUCUCUCUCUUUUAGGAAGUUCUAGAGACCCUGCAUAUGUUUCACAGCUUACUAAUGCCUCACCCUGUUCCUACGGAACGACAAGCUGUCACUUGUCGGCUAAACAACGCAAAGUGAAAAUGAUGUUAAGAUAAACAAAUUCAGAGAAAAUGGUGGUCAGCGGUGAAAAACUGGACAAUUUUUGUUCUACGGGUGACCGCUUUUGAGAGCAUUGUCCUUGAUAGGUAACGAGGAAGUUGCUUCAGCUUAUCGUGCCAAACUUCCGGCUGUCUUGAAAGUUUUGCUAACUUCCUAAUCUUACAAGUUUUACCCGUACAGGUACUGAAUCCAUCCAUUAGAAACAGGACCUCUUAAGUGAUGACACUCCUUAAAAGAAACCUACGCGAAUCAAAAUACACGAAAGUUUAGAAAAUGAAAGUAAAUAUUUUUCUGACCUUUCCCAACGAAACCCGGCUUUUAUGACACAAACAUAAAUAUCGCAAGUGUGUAUAAAAAAAAAAAAAAAAGACGCGUGUGUUGAUAGGGAUAUACAUACACGAUAAACGCCAGAAGGAAGACGUAAAUGUUCCUGUCAUCAUAAUCAUCAUUAUUUCUCAUCGCCCCCAGUGGGGCAUAGGGUGCAAUGUGUUCCUGUGUUUCCCCGUAAAUAUUUUCAUUAUCUCAUUGUCAGCGGUUAGACGUCAUUGGCAGAUAAUACUAAAAGCUUCAACUCAGCAGAAAUUGAUACAAUGAGCGGAAGGGCUAUUAUAUGGGAAUUAUAUCAGUUAACUCGACCUCCGCUUUGCGUAAGGUAUAGAGAAACGAAUGAUCAUUCAAACGAUGAUUUCGGUUUUCUGGAUCGCGUGGAUUUUGACGGCAGCUUUAAUGGAGAUUACAAAAACAACAUCGACAGACACAACAAUACAAGCGUGUAUCAAUGGAGUGUUAACGUUAAGUUGCAAGGCUGUUAAAAACACGGAUACGAAUCAUGAAGUUGAGUGGAAAAUACAGUUUCCUGGCACUGGAUGGAAGAAGUUCUUUUACUGUAGGCACAAGUCCGACGUGCGCUGUGGUGUACGGAAGUCAACGUUACCACUAGGGUUCAAAGCACUGAGCAAUCCCGACGGCAACGCGACCUUAGUGCGCUCAGAAAGGAAUGCCGCGUAUGACCACGCCUGGAUAUUGUGUCAAGUUCACAGCCUCUCCGACCACUCUAAAGUAUCUAAUCAUCUCUACAAUGUCAGCUUUACCACACGGUGUGUGUGGACUGAACAGGGGCACAAUCUUAACUUAACAAAGAUCCUGCUAAUGAACGAGAUACAAUGUGCAUAUGUGGUGGAUAUAGAGUGGUACGAUGGCAAUGGAAACAGAUUUGCCUACUGCAAUUCUUGUCAGAGAUGUACAAAAACAAACAACACUGGAGGUAAUCAUCCAGUAGCGAUUUUCUGGAGCAGAGUACAGAUUAUAAGAGGCUCAUUAAUGCUGACAACAAUUCAGGAUAGCGAUAACAAGAGCAAGAUAAUAAUCAAGAUGCAUUCGAAAACACCUCCAAAUAACAUGGAAACGCCAAGUACGCAUACGAUACAGAUUUUUGUCCACAUAAGCCUUGGCACUACAGCGACAAGUUCUGUUACAACUGCUUUAGUGGAGUCCACUUCAAGAGUUACGUCACAAGCUGACUUAGGAACAACUAGAUCCAGUCUCCCUUCAUCUAGACCAUCAAAUUCAGGCAAUGUUUCUGUUACUCCGCCUUCUGCUACCAGUUUGUAUUCUAGAUCUCUGACAAGGAGCUAUGCCUCCGCUACAAUUGGACAACUUUGGACAAUGGUUUUGAUAGCGGCUACUAGCCUUCUUUGCAUCUAUCUGAGAUGAUAAAAACGUAUCUCCUGACUUGAGAGGAAGAAACCAAAUGGUCGAUACCAGUAGCCCAUUGGCCUCUUUGUCUUUCAAAGAAGACAUUGUGCUUGUGGGUCUGUGUCGAUAUUUAUUACCUGGCGGUGAGGAAUGAGUAGUCGCAAACUCUCCGUUAACGAGUGGUCGCAAACACUCCGUUAACGUAGCUAAUAAAACUAGCAUCACACGGGGUCGUUAUCAGCCUGGCACUGACUUUCCACUGUUGUCGCAGACAUUGUGAAUUGCAACGGAAAUUAGUUUCACAACAUUUGUGAAGACAACAUUAGCGAAACUAUUACUUUAAUAUUUCUUCGACCGUAAGAAUAAUCAAAAUGACAAUUUUUUAGUCCAAAUAUAAGUUAAGGAAGUGACCUAUGUUCUAUGACGAGAGCUUUGAUCUGUACAAACGACGGCUCUACGAUGUAAAGUACUAACUCGGGAUCGAACAGUUUGU